AUGGCUUCAGUUAUACUAGGAAUCCUUCUCGUACUCGUUCCACUUCCCCUUUCCGCCGAAGCUCAGACUGGCAGCAACUUGACCUUGGGCAACUCGUUGACGGUGAACGACCGGAACUCUUCCUGGUUGUCGCCAUCGGGUGAGUUCGCCUUUGGCUUCCGGAGAAUGGGAGCAGGAGCUCAUUUGUUGGCUAUAUGGUUCGAGAAGAUAGAGGACAAGACCAUAGUCUGGUCAGCGAAUGGCGAUAAUCUAGCGCCCGAAGGUUCGAAAGUCCAGUUGACCGCCAACGGCGGGCUGGUGCUUACCGACCCGAGAGGGAGAGAGCUGUGGUCUUCUAACCUGAACGCCACUGGCUUAGUGUAUGCGGCCAUGCUCGACACGGGGAACUUCAUCCUAGCGAGCGCAAGCCACGUCAACUUGUGGGAUUCGUUCAGCCGACCAACGGAUACGAUACUGCCUACGCAACAGUUAGAUUUGGACGCUGUUGUUAGAGCUCGCUAUUCCAAAAUGAAUUACUCCAAUGGGAGAUUCAUCUUCACACUGCAAACCGGCGGAAAUCUCGUGCUCUAUGCCACUCCUACCCCGCUGGUCGUCUCAGAUGCAUAUUGGGCUACCGGCACCCGAGGUAAUGGCUUCAGGUUGAUAUUCAAUCAAAGUGGUCAGGUCUACCUCACGGAUAGGAAUGGAAAAUUACUCAAUAAAGUCACCUCAGACGAAGUUCCAACCAGCGUAUUUUACCAAAGAGCGAUCCUCGAAUAUGAUGGGGUCUUCAGGCAAUAUAUCCACCCAAAGAUGGCAAAUUCGAGUUCUGGCUGGGCAAUGGUCUGGUCGAUGGUCUCUUCCCCAGUCCCUUCAAAUAUAUGCACGAGUAUGAACCGAGAUACUGGUACUGGAGCUUGUGGCUUCAACAGCUACUGUACUCGUGGAGACGAUCAGAUUCAGAGGCCCCGAUGCCACUGCCUACCUGGAUAUACUCUGUUAGAUUCGACGAACGAGAUGAACGGAUGCAGACAGGACUUCGCACCACAGAGUUGUGACGAAAGUAAGCCUGAAACAGACCAGUUUGUUUUGCGUGAGAUGCUUAAUACAGGCUGGCCGAUGUCUAAUUACGAGCGUAGCGAGUCACAAACCGAGCACUGGUGCAGACAGGCUUGCUUGGCUGAUUGUUUUUGUGCAGUCGCUUUUUUCAAAGACAGAAAGUGCUGGAAAAAGAGGACGCCUCUUUCAAAUGGUAGGAUGGAUCCUGGCGUGGGUGGAAAGGCUCUGGUCAAGGUCAGGAUAAAUAACUCAACUUCAAAAGCUACAGGAAAUCGCCAGAAGAAAUCCAAGAAUUUGACUCUGAUGAUUAUCGAAUCAGUGCUGUUGAGUAGCUGUGUGUUUGUGAGCUUGCUUACCUGUGUAAUUUAUAGAAGUUCCCGAUCUAGGGAUUAUAAGUUCUUACAACCAGUCCAGAUCAACCAAGCCACAGGCACACGGACUUACACUUAUUGGGAGCUUCAAGAAGCGACGGAUGGAUUCAAAGAAGAACUAGGUAGGGGUGCCUUUGGAGCAGUGUACAAAGGUGUUCUUGGAUCCGAGGAUACCAACUUUGUGGCAGUAAAAGUGUUGAUGGCAUGGACCGGAGAAAGUGAAAAGGAGUUCGAAAGAGAAGUGAGUGCAACUGGCCAAACUAACCACAAGAACUUAAUGCAGUUGCUUGGAUUCUGCAAUGAGGGUCAACACCGACUACUGGUGUAUGAAUUCAUGAGCAACGGCUCAUUGGCGGAUUUUCUAUUUGGCUCUUCAAGGCCCAGCUGGUACAAAAGAGUAGAAAUUGCAUGUGAUGUUGCGCGGGGCUCUCUUACUUGCACGAGGAAUGCACUAGGCAUAUAA